UUGACUUAACACUUUAUUGCUGUAUUGGGCAGGAAAUGAUUAAAGAAACUUACGAGUUUAAAAGUGGAGACCCGAAGCAGUUUUUGUUUCAGCUGUCUGUCACAGUGCACGUGGACUGACCUUGACUGGAGAGACAUUUUAAAAGCGACUGUGUCCAUCUGAGAGGCUGCUGCUGAGUCAUGUCUAAGCAUGUGGGAGGGGGGAGGGCCACAGGCCCACUAAAGCAUGCUGUUUGUUAGCUUGUAAGCACUAAUGUGGCGCUAGUGCUGUGGUAAGAUCCUCCUUCUGAAAGCAGCGCUGUGUUUACAUCAUAGCGGUUCUGUGCCACCAGCUUGGCUUGUCGGUGGCAGAUGUGACAGGGCAUCCUUAUAGUGACAGCUGGCGGCUGCCGGAUGGAGGCUGCUCCCGGACCCAGACAGAGAUAUACUUCUGGAGCUCCCUCGGUAAGAUGUAGUGCUGUGAGCAGACGUAAGGCACACUGGCGUAGAGACUUGCACUUACGGUGUGCGGAGAGCCAGCGGAGAGCAAGGUCAGAGCCAAGAGGACGGAGCCAGCGGAAGCUAUUCAAGAAGGAUCACAGCCGCUGCGGACUUGAGUUCACCUGCUAAGGCUGCUUUUCAGUUGGGCUUCUUUCUACAUUGAAUUUGAAAACCUUCACAUUUUGGAGUAUAAAGAAACCAGACUCCAGGACUUCUAGAAGCUUCAAAACUUUCUGGACACACCUGCACCAUGUGUCAUGUGAUUGUGACAUGUCGCUCCAUGCUCUGGACUCUUCUCAGCAUCAUGGUCGCCUUCACUGAGCUCAUUGCCUUCAUGAGUAACGACUGGCUGGUGGGUACCACCACUGGAUCAACCAAUAACAUUGGAUCAUACGGGUCCCCGGACCCCUACAGGCCCACACUGGGACUCUAUGGGCGCUGUCUACAGUUGUCGAGGGGGGUCCAGUGCGGGCCAUAUGCCACACACUUUGGGGAGAUCGCCAGCGGCUUCUGGCAGGCCACUUCCAUCUUCCUGGCAGUGGGUAUUCUGCUGCUGUGCACUGUAGCCAUCAUGUCCAUCUUCACCUUGUGCUUCCAGAGCAUCAUGAAGAAAAGCAUCUUCAAUGUCUGUGGUCUUCUGCAAGGCAUUGCAGGUCUCUUCUUGAUAUUGGGCCUGAUGCUGUACCCUGCUGGCUGGGGCUCCAAAAAGGCCCAGGAUUACUGCGGAGCGGACGCCUCCCCGUACAAAGUGGGCCUGUGCUCUCUUGGCUGGGCCUUCUACACGGCCAUCGGCGGCACGGUGCUCACCUUCCUCUGCGCCAUCUUCUCGGCUCAGGCUGAGAUCGCCACCUCCAGCGACAAGGUGCAGGAGGAGAUAGAGGAAGGCAAGAGUCUCAUCUGCCUCCUUUAGACAAGAGGACCAGGCCUGGCCUUCAGAAAAGAAGGCCACCAAAGUAUAAAAACAUUAGUGCCACUAAGAUUACAACCUUCAACCACUCUGACCACUAUUUUUGGCUCUAUUUUUUUAUUUCCCAAUUCUAAUCUUUCAAUAGCCUGUCUACAGUAUAAGGAAGAGUUACUCUGCCAUCAAGUGAUUGUAAAUAUUCUUGUAUAUAAUGUACAGAACCUCAAAGAAAAUGUGAAAUGUAUUUUUGGUCAACCUUGAAAAUCACUAGAUUUACCAAAGGUUGCUUCAUUUUGUAUAUAUAGUUAUGGUGACUCCCAUUAUUAUGUUACCGUAGCUACACAACUGAGCAUGACUUUUAAAAUCAGCAUGCAGAUGGACAAGAAUUGGAAGAUGCGUAACUGACUAAAUAGCUGAUGCCCUUUUCAUCAGAUGAAGACCUCGCAAGGAUAAAUCAAAUGUUCACUGGUGAUGUUCCUCCAGCAAGUCAACUUAAGGAUUUAUUCAUGGGGGGAAUUACUGUGGACUUCUCUCUGUUGGCUUACAUUUGUCUGUGACAUGACAGAAAAGGAGCCAAUUAGCUAACUCAAGACUUGCUGGAAAUAUCGCACAGAAGAAGGAAGGGACUGUACUAAACCACAAUGCCGGCAAAUCUCCUCCGGCAUUCCUUUCUUAUCCUUUUUAUGUUUGUUUUAGGCUUUUUUUACUCACUAGCUCACUGCCAAAAAUGAAAAAGGGGGAAGACACAGGUUUGGCCCCUAUUUCUCUUCCCCCUACAUCUUUGAAGAAAUGUGUCAGGGAAAGAAAUUCACAGACUGGUACCAAAAGUGUCUUUUGCAAGGGGGAAGCACUGCUCUGCCAAAAAAGGUUCUACCUGCUUGGAGAACAUCCCCCGAGAUACUUUAGCAUGCUCAGUGUUCCACAUAAGGUCUUACAUCAGCAACUGUAUUCUUAAGCUUGAACAUCUCCCACAACUGAUAAUAAUGCUUAGUGCAUGUGCAGGACACAGUUGGUGAAAACCUGAGAUGACAAACCAAAAAGCAUUACAAAAGAUUUAAAAAAUAUCUUGUACUAAUUUGUACCCAUAGUAGAAAGGGGAAUAUUGCAGAAGACUGUAUUCAAAUAAUAUUGUCUUCAUAGAUCUGCUGUGAGAAUGUAAUUUUGUCUUACUCAUUACUUAAGGUUCAAGUACAAUAACAUGCGACUUACUAGCUGAAUCACAAUUAAUACUGAAACUAAACACACAGACACAAAGAAACAAUGGUGAAAUACUAACAAUUAUUAAGCAAGUGCAAGAUAUGCUAAUAUAAGGUUCAGAUCCUGAAUUUUUUGUUUUGAAGGUACCAGCUCAUAUGUAGUAAAUGACUUGUGCACAGAUGUGAUCCUUGUUUCUAACAUUUUGCCCUGAUAUUUCGUAAUUUUUAUUGUAAGUAGCUAACUAGUUGGCUCACAGUAAUUUUAGCUUGUAUAGCUAACCUUAGCUAGCUUAUUGCCCAGCCUGUUAGCGGACAGAACAUUACAUGGUUUGAUUAUCCUCUGAGCAUAAGCCCAUGUGCUUUACCUUUUCAAAUACUGCAUACAUUAACGGCUUAUUGUGAUGCAUAUUUCCAGCGUCUGUUUUCAUUUUUCGGAAAGGCAAUUCUUCAAUAUUUUUGCACUGUUUUAGGUUAUCGUGUCCUGCUCUACAAAAAUGUGGCUCUAGCCUAAACAAUAAAAUUAUUAUUUUAAACAAUUA